CCUCGAAAGGUGACGUAAAGUUGGUUAAAAGAGAAAAGAGGUACCCAGAAAUCCGAAGUCUGUUUGAAUCAAAUUUCUACCGAAAAUAGAGCACUAUACUGUCCACAAGCGAUGAAGUUAUAUUAUUUAGGGAUCUAUUAUAAAGAUGUGAAGGUGAAGGCGCUCGUCAGCGCGGCGGAUCUACAAUCCUUCGGGUAUUUCCAGCGAUCGAGUGUAAAAGAGUUUAUGCAAUUUACCAGUCAAAUACUGGUAGAAAGAACAAGGCCAAAUGAAAGAGCGUCAGUCAAAGAGCAAGAAUAUAUGUGCCACGUGUUUGUUCGUGCUGAUUCUCUCGGUGCAUGUGUAAUUUCCGACCAUGAGUAUCCCCAAAGAGUUGCCUUCACUUUACUUAAUAAGAUUCUUGAUGACUUCUCAGCACAAAUAUCACCUGCACAGUAUAAAUCGGCUGCAGCAAAUACCAUAGUUUUUCCUGCUUGUGAAGAAAAUCUCCAAAAAUACCAAAAUCCAAGAGAGGCCGAUGCUAUGACCAAAGUACAAGCAGAAUUAGAUGAAACAAAGAUAGUUUUACAUGGUACAAUAGAAGCAGUUUUACAAAGGGGAGAAAAAUUGGAUGACCUGGUGGAGAAGUCUGAAGGUCUUAGCAUGCAAUCUAAAGCUUUUUACAAAACGGCUAAAAAAACAAAUUCCUGCUGCUGUAUACAAUAGAGAGAAAUGGUCGUAUUUGUUAAACAGGUACAUUAGACAUACAGUGAUAUUCACACUACAAGACCAUCGUCCCAUCAACACGCUACUGUAGGUACGGUGCUAUAUACGAACUCAUUACAGUCCUACCGCUACUACGGGAAGCCCUAUUCAUGUAAUUUAGUGUUUCUAAUCGGGAGAGUCAGCGUUAUUAGAUAUAUAUGGCAAUCAUUUCUUUGUGUUUCAGUUUUGGUGGGGAUUUAUGGUCAAUGUCCGUAAUUUCGUGGUGUCCGUAAAAGUGGGAUGUCUGUGAAAUUAGAGUUUCUGUAAUAGCGAAAUGUUCGUUAGGCGAGAGUUGACUGUAUUUCUCUUCGCAAUUUCGAGGUGCCGUAAUAGCGAAAUGUUCGUUAGGCGAGAGUUGAUUGUAUUUCUCUUCGCAAUUUCGAGGUGCCGUAAUAGCGGGGUGUUCGUAAGGGAAUAGUUGACUCAAUACAUCAUGAACAUAUUUUUGAAGAGGAUAUCAGUUUUGUUACAUUGUGUAGUACCAGCUUAGCAUACAUACAGUGGAUAUCAGGAGGUUUCUUACCAUGGGCUGCUCUACCGGAAUACCUAUCUGAGCACCUGGAGUCUAUACAGAAAAGAGCUUUAAAAAUCAUUCUAAGGCACGAAUAUACGAGCUAUAGUAGUGCCCUUGCCUCAACGUCUCUCCAAUUUUUGUCUGAGAGAAGGGAUGAAGCAUGUCGGAAAUUUAUGGCAAGAGCUAAAACUGUUGAACCCUUAAAAUCUGUGGUUAAUAACAUGACAACUGUCCAACAUGGAUAUAAUUUGAGAUCAGGAAAUGAGAAAAUAAUAGGACCGCAAGCUAAAACUGGUAGGUUUAGAGAUUUUGUGACUGUACGCUAUUGUUAGUUUCUGUGUGACGACCUCUCACUUGUAAUUCAGCCAUGAUAGCUGCAAUGGUGUAGAAAUAAACAUAUAUAUUACAUAUAUAUUAUAAUAUAUGAACUUGACUAUGUUCACAAGAAUGUCACAUUUGGUUGAGAGGUCUUGUGACAUGUUGACAGGUCAUGUAACAUGAUAUCAAGGACAGAAUUUGGUUGAUGUCGUUUAUGUUUCAGUGCAUGUCAUUUCCGGUCGAGGGGUCAGAACCAACACAAGAAACACGGAAUAACCCGUAAUUAAUCCCUUUUUUCUAAAUUUCCUGUGAUGUAUAAAAAAAGGACCUAACGAAAAAAAAUAUAUCUCCAAAUUUGUUUAUUUCCAAUUGAAAAAUGUAUAUAUAUACAUAAGAAUAAGAUGUAGAGAAUGGUUUCUUUUCUCAGUAAUAAAAUGUGUAGUUUAUUUUAA